UAAAAGUAUGUCUUUCUGACCUUGAAAAAUGUCAAGGGGAAGUUCAUGUUAUGCAGAAGCAGAGAGUGCCGAGGCCUUCAUGUGAAGAAGAACUUGGCUUCGUUGAUACAGCCUUCAAAUAUUCUUCAUGGUUGAAAGAACAUGACAUUGAUGAUGGUGUUACAAGUCUACCACAGAAUCUUGCAGAACAGCUAUUAAAUGAUCUUGCGUUAAGAAAGUAUUUGCAAAACGGUGAAUGUCAAGUGCAGUCAACAUUCAUGAUAAACGACUGCACAGGGGAAACCCAGAAUCAGAUUCUACCCGAAGGUGCGUCGUGUAAGCUGGAUACGGAGUGCAGAUCUAUAUCAUGCUGUGUAGAAUCACUGCUAUUAAUGAGAAACUUUUCAAUCAGUUUCUUAUUUGAUUCAUGUGAUAUGAUCCUUACUAUUAAUAUUGAGAAAUUUGACAGAAGACAUUCUAUCUUCGAGUUCGCGCUAGGACAAGAGCAGCAACUUGAUCUGUUUGGUACCGUCAAAAUAAGCUACAUCGUGACUGAUCUUCCACUCUCUGCGAUGUAUGCGCUUAAAUUAGAUUACAGAUUCUGUGUUGAUACAACGACUUGUCUGACCAAUAUCACACUGUUAGAUAACUAUCUGUUUCCAAAGCACAAGUGUCAACGCCAGUAUACAGGCUUUGAUUUAGAACGUUUUGGUGAAAACAUUGGUACGUCUAUAGAUGAUACGCUGGAUACAAAUGUAAUUCCAAUAUAUCUUCAUCAGUCUGGACUCGCCAAUUUCCUAAGAGUUGAGACAUGUGACCGUUUUCAAGAUCCAUACCAAGGUCGCCAGUGGACAAGUGGUUCUAGAUGUGCAGUGUCUGAACCAGCUGAACAACUCCCAGAUACAGUAUCCUGCUUUAUCAAUGACGACUGUAGUGAAGUGCAUUAUUGUAUGGAUGCAUAUCUUAUUAAAAGAACACUUUCCGUGGACUUAAAGAUUGAUCCUUGCUUAAUGAAUAUGCACAUUGCAAUUGAAAACUUCCAUCAUACCAUUGCAUUAACGGCAGAUACAUUUGGACUUCAGCAAAUAAUAACACUUGCAGGCAUCGUGACCAUAAGGUUUGCAACUAUUUCGUGUAUAAAAUAUACGAGUUCUAGGCUUUUCAAAACUUUUCUAGCAUGCUUUUACACCAAAUCCAAUAUAUCAAGACUAACCAUUUUGUGAGUGUGAUGACAUUCACAACAUGCCAUAGAUCUGGUUAAUUUCCAAUUUUCAAAAGGCAUAUAAAACAGAUCUUUAAAUGAAUAAAAUGAAAAACAGA